AUUCCUCAUUCUAUAAAAGUCUCGCUCAGUUGAACGUUCUCGUCAAAGUUCAGUGUCUCAAAUUUUCAUUAACAGCAAGAGCACCAAUAUGCUGCAAGCAAUGGAGCAAAUGUUUCAUACGAAGCUAUUUUGGAUUACCGUGAUUAUUCUAGGAUUUUACACAUACUUAAAGUUCGUAGUUUAUAAUUAUUGGAACAAAAAAGGAAUACCUCACGAUGCGCCAUCAAUACCCUUCGGUAAUACUGUACCGGUGGUCACUGGGAAAUUGUCUGUAGGUAAUUUGUUAAAAGAAAGUUACGAAAAAUUCAAAAAGCUUCCCUUUCACGGUGUAUACAUUUUUUACAAACCCAUGCUGGUGAUUAAUGAUCCUGAGUUGAUUCGACAGAUAUUAAUAAAGGACUUCAACAAAUUUCGCGAUCGCGGUUUAUACUUUAAUGAAAAAAUCGAUCCACUAUCGGGUCACUUGUUUUUUUUGCCCGGCGAAAAAUGGAGAAGACUGCGAGCCAAGUUAUCGCCAAUAUUCACGUCAGGGAAAUUGAAGCAAAUGUUUCCAUUGCUCAAAGAAAUCGGCGACGAUUUGGUAAAAGUCUGCGACAAAACGAUUGAUAAAGAUGAUGUGAUUGAAUUGAAAAGUAUGAUUGGAAGGUAUACAGCCGAUACCAUUUCGUCCACUGCUUUUGGAUUCAACUGCAAGAGCCUUGAUAAUCCAGAAAACGAGUUCAAACGUCAUUUGCUCAUGGUAUUUGAUCAAUCGCCGUUGAAAAAUGCCCUUGCUUUCGUUCCGAUAGUAUUAGAUGUAUUGCGAAUACCGUUUACCCCGUACGAGGUCAUAAGAUUUUUUUCAAAAUUAUUUGAGGAUAUGGUUAAUCAAAGACAACAAAGUAAUGUCGUUAGAAAAGAUUUUGUUAACUUAUUGAUGCAAUUAAUGGACAAGGGCAUAUUAGAGGAAGAUGACAAAUCAACACAAAAUGGUUCCAGCAAAGAUUCCAAUAAUGAAAAGUUAAGUUUGGUGCAAGCUCAAGCUCAGGCGUUUGUAUUUUUCGUCGCCGGAUACGAAACAACCUCAAGCACAAUUACCUAUUGCCUAUACGAAUUAGCCAUGAAUCCAGACAUUCAAGAGAAGGUUCACGAGGAAAUCGAUGAAGUGUGCAGUAAACCAGGUGGCAUAACGUAUGAACGCGUGAUGAACGAAUUCGAGUACCUACACAUGGUGUUUUGCGAAACUUUGAGGAAACAUCCAUCACUUGCAUUCUUAAAUAGAGUGUGCAUUGAAGAUUACAAUAUUCCAAACAGUAACGUCACCUUGGAAAAAGGAACUGGAGUCAUCGUUCCCGUGUCAGGACUCCAAAGAGAUCCUAAUUUUUUUCCAGAUCCAGACAAAUUCGAUCCAAUGCGUUUUUCGAAAGAUAAUAUUGCAGCGAGGAAUCCCUACGUAUAUUUACCCUUUGGGGAUGGUCCACGGGUUUGCAUUGGUACUCGUUUCGGCCACUUGCAAUCUAAAAUAGCUCUGAUAUCCGUGUUACAUAAUUUCAAAUUUUCAGCAUGUCCUAAAACAUCUGAAAUUGUUUAUUCGAAAAGAGCUCUUGUUCAAGCGCCAGAAGGUGGUGUAUACGUAAGAAUGGAAAGAAGAAAAAAAUAAUGUUGUAACAGAACUAUGCGAAUUUUAUUUUAUUUUUAAAGUGGAAGCACAAAUUUCACUCGGUAAAUCCAAAUAUCUUAAAAUAAUGUGUUAAUUAUGUGUUAAAAUUUUUAUUUUUGGAAAAUUAUAUAUUACGUAACAACAGUUAUAUAUUCAUACAACAAAAGUAUUGAUAAGCGUUUUCCAUAAAAAUCAAACAGUAUUUUAUCAAUUAGUUGUGUACAUACAUUAAACUGUACUAUUUUUUGUACGACAAUUAAUACAAGAAGGCUGUAGAAUGCAAAAUAUAUCUUUCAAACUUAUCUUCAAAUAUCUAAAUAUUUUAACUGUUUCAAAUUAUACCAUUUGAUAGAACUGGUAUGAUAGUCAACAAUAAAUUAAUUUAAUUAUUUAUGUAAUAAUUAUUAAAAUAAUUUAGAUGAAAAAUGUACAGAUAUAAUAAAAUAUUAAAAACAAAGGUUUUAUACUUUUAAUUUACUUGUAAAACUUGUAAAAUUCAACUAAUUUGAGUUUAUGUAAUACGUAAAAUGCAUGGAAGAUUUGAAUGUUUGUAUGAUUUAUGUUUUUUAAGGAUUUUCAAUAGUUUUUUCAAGCAGUGGUGUAGAGUAGUGCGGCUCUGUGUCGAAGCAAGUUGUACUAACUACACCUAAUAACAUCUACCAGCUCUAUCCUUAAAAAUUUCAUUGUGUUCAAUUCGCUGGUACAACCCAUCAAACAAUGUGAGACUAUUUUUGUCAUAAAAAGCACGUAUAAAAUAAAAUGCUUCAUCG